AGGCCAGCGACAUCUCCCUCUUCUCCACGCGGGUCCAGAGCUGUGAACUUGUGGAAGUCCAUCACACACUGUGCUCAACAACUCCGACACCACCACUUAUCCAAAAAAGCCUCUCCCCGCUGACUCACAAAGGACCUCAACAAACACACUUAUCGUCCUCGUCUCAACGAAAAAAAUCUAAUGGAUUGGGCAGAUUGUCCUCCGAUUACAAAGGUUUAUUUGGUAGGGGCGUUGGCGGCCAGUGUUGCAGUUCAAUGUCAUGUCGUAACUCCUUACCAGCUUUACUUCACAUAUCGAGCUACAUUCGAACAUGGCCAAUUAUGGAGAUUGGUGACCAAUUUCCUGUACUUUGGACCCCUGAGUCUCGACUUCUUCUUCCAUCUAUUCUUCUUUAUGAGAUAUUCGAAAAUGCUGGAAGAGAAUACUUAUCAUGGCCAUCGGGCAGAUUAUGCGUGGCUACUGAUAGUGUGUUGCACCCUUUUACUGCUUCUCUCGCCGCUAUCACCAGCCCCGUUCCUGUCGGCCCCAUUAAGCUUCACGCUGGUGUAUCUAUGGGCCCGACUGAACUCGAACGUCCGUCUGUCGCUCUUCGGCGUCAUCACCAUCUCCGCGGGCCAUCUGCCAUACGCCCUCGUCCUCUUUAGUUGGGCUCUCUCCAGCGGCUACCAUGGCGUGAUCGGCGACCUGCUGGGCAUCGCCGUCGGCCAUUUCUGGUAUUUCUUCACUGAGAUUUGGAAACGUGAACUCGGUAGUGGAGAGCGGAAUUGGUUGAAGACUCCUGAUAUCCUGGUUCGACUGAUCGAUGGUCCUGAAGCCUUGAUACAGGAGGAAGACGAGCAAGAAUAAAAAUGGACACAUCCUCACAUACUAAAACUACCCUAUCUCAAAUCCUCCUUACUAUUCUUUGUACUGUUAUUCUUUUCUCGCUCCUCUUAAGAAUUACACUCGUCAUAUAUAUAUCUGGAAUUGUUCAUACCCUCCCCACCCAUCUGACUUUGCUCUUGUGAUAUUGUGUAUCGAUUCUCUUCCUCCUUAAUUUCAUUUAGCCUCUUUCUUCUUGCUCUGAUCAAUCUUCCUUUUUUUUUCUCAACUAAAUCUGUUUUUUUUUUUUUUGGUUGCAAUAAAUAAAAAAAAAGUCUGCAUACAUAGA